UAAAGUCCGUCCCACAACGUGAAGUCCGCACUUCCCAAACGAUAACGCAAUGCGGCCAGCUGCUGGCUCUGAACGAACCCUCCUGGAUCCCCGUUACAAAAAGUGACCCACGGCACACUGAGCCCGUGUCCAGCAGCACCUCCUCUCCGCGUCUCACCUGUUCGGAAAGGAGCCCUUCCAGGUAUGAAAGCUGCUUCUAACUGCGGAAGAAGUUUCACACGUAGGCGUAUUUUGUUUUCAGACGAGCUGGAUUUACAGUAACCCAGAGGGCAGUUGGAGUUAGUAACCAACCGUCAGGGCUAAAUUAAAGGACGACUGACGAGCAGCAGCAACGGGUCCAGGUGAGGUCCGGCUACAGCUCCUACAUAGUAUGUCAGGUAUUACAGCCAGUACAAUAAGCUACCUGUGGUCUGUAGACGAUGUCCUCGGGCAGGGGGCUACUGCCAGCGUCUACAAAGCACGCCAUAAGAGGUCGGGUGAACUGGUGGCCGUCAAGGUGUUUAACAUAAUGAGCUACAACCGCCCCCACCAGGUCCAGAUGAGGGAGUUCGAGAUGCUCCGGAAACUCAAUCACAGCAAUAUUAUCAAGCUAUUCACCGUGGAAGAGCUGCCCUCUAAACAGAAGGUGCUGGUGAUGGAGUAUUGUUCAGGAGGGAGUCUCCUAAGCCUGCUCGAGGAGCCGGAAAACGCCUUUGGUCUCGCUGAAACAGAGUUCCUCACAGUAUUGCAGUGUAUAGUGCAAGGUAUGAAUCACCUGCGGGAAAAUGGAGUGGUACACCGGGACAUUAAGCCAGGGAACAUAAUGCGGCAGGUUGGGGAGGACGGCAGGUCUGUUUACAAGCUGACAGACUUUGGAGCAGCAAGAGAGCUCGAAGAUGACGAGAAGUUUGUCUCCAUUUAUGGAACUGAAGAGUAUCUGCACCCAGACAUGUAUGAGCGCGCAGUGCUACGUAAGCCUCAUCAUAAAUCUUACGGGGUGAGUGUCGACCUGUGGAGUAUUGGUGUGACCUUAUACCACGCUGCCACUGGGAGUCUUCCCUUCACACCAUAUGAAGGACCACGCAGGAACAAGCCCAUUAUGUUCAAAAUAACCACAGAGAAACCUAUGGGGGCGAUAGCUGGAAUACAACGGAGAGAGGGCGGACCUAUAGACUGGAGCUAUCACCUACCUCACAGCUGCCAGCUGUCACAGGGUCUAAGGGUGCAGCUGGUUCCAGUACUAGCAGGUAUAAUGGAGGCUGACCAGGAAAAGUGUUGGUGCUUUGACCAGUUCUUCACAGCCACCACAGAUGUGUUGCAGCGGCAAGCAGUUCACCUCUUUUCUCUGCAGCAGGCCAUGGCACAUUGCAUCUACAUACACCACUACAACACAGUAUCAAUCUUCUUCGAAGAGGUGGCGUCUCAAACAGGUAUAGGGGUACAGCAACAACAUCACAUGUACCUCGGACAUGACCUGCUCUUGGAGGGCAGCAUGAAGGUGGUCAAUCUUCCACGAACUUCACCUUCUCAGCCCCUCAUUCUGCUCAGCUAUGCAACUGAUGAAGCAAACACCAGCCUGCCAUUCAGAGAACCAGAGAGUCCCGUCAUCCCGGCCAGGUUUGACGUCAUGGCAGAUUACAAUUUCUCCAAGAUUGUAGUAGGUGUAGUCCACCAGUAUCUGAGGAUAGUACGGCUGCUGCACACGCACCGGGAGUUGCUGCUGCAGGGAUAUUACAGCUACAUAAUGAAAUUGCGCAACGAGUGCAGAGAAGCCUUGCACAGUAUUGCCAUGGUCACCAUUAGACUGCAGUCCUGCCUCAAUGCAGAACACGGGAUUCGCACACUAGACCCUUACACUUCAGAAAAUCAAGGCUCAGCUGCUAAUGGUCAAAGGUUGCGGCAGGUUCAUCAACACCUACCUUUGUACAGUGCUGGUAUCCAAGAGUUUCAGAACCGACUUGAUCAACUGCAGAUAGAACAGGCCAAGUUGUCAGAGACUCUGGCCAAUGAUAAGAGCUGCCAGAAGAUAGAGAUGCUGCUACAGAAGAUAACAGCAAUUCAUCAGCAUUAUCGUAAAGACAGGCUGACUGGCAAGCUAGCAUACAAUGAUGAGCAAAUCCACAAGUUUGAGAAAAUCCACCUGUCAAGCCACAUUAAGCGAGUGAAAUCUCUGUUCAGAGAAGACUGUGUGCAGAGAUACAAAGAGGUUUUAGACUCAACAAGAACAUGGAACAGCCUUAUGCUGGAGCUGCAGACCCGACUGCAGGACUUCAGUUCUUUCUCUGCAGGCUUAAUAGCAGACUUAGAGAUGAGUGAGCAGUGCCAGAAUAAGGUUAUGGACAGAAUCCUUUACACUCUGCAGUCCAAAAGACCAGAACAACAGUCAGCAGUCAUACCCAAAGACAAUGACCAGAUGGUCUCCAGGAUGCACCAUUUGAAGGAGGAAAUGGAGAUUCUGGUGAGGGAGCUACAGUGUAACAACGGUAUUAUAGAGAGCCUGGGAGCCGUGAACUCUCCUGCAGCUCUGGAGCCGACUCUGGCCAGACCUUCUACACUGUGACACAAGACCACUGUCUCUGGAUCUUGCCUCUGAGAGGCGCACGCACACUCUCUGAAAAUCACCUCAUCUUAAGUGCCAUUAAUGAAUGUACUGGCCUUUCAAGGACCAUCUACAGUGUUUGUUUUUAUCUGCUUCCUCUUCCUUUAAUGAUCAAUGAAAUGUCCUUUAUCAAUUUAGAAAUAAGAUAAGCACAAAGAGAAAGGAGGAUAGGCUUCAGGUGUGUGUGUGUGUGUGUGUGUGUGUGUGUGUGUGUGUGUGUGUGUGUGUGUGUGUGUGUGUGUGUGAGUGAGUAUAGCAGUAAUAAGAUCAAUAAAAUCUUCAUUAAUGCCUUAAGUGUUAUUGUAUUUGUAAUAGGCUGCCAUAGAGAUAGUCAGCCAGGAUCAAUGAAUGCAUAGUCAGCUCUUACUCUGUUUUUUGUGGUCCUUUGUUUCACAGAAGAGGAAGAGUAGGCUCUGGAGAACCUUGAAUAGUAUAUUUAUCCAGACAGAGUGUGUACUAGUAUGCAGGUUUUGAUUAUAUUUGGGAUAUAGAAACAUUAUUAAAAAACAGUAUAAAAUGUUUCUGUACAAAUCUGCUUAUAAACAGGGUAAUGGU